AUGGUCGUUUGUUAACGAUCUUUACCUAUUACGAUUUUCCAACGUCCCAAAGAGAUGUUGUCAAAGACAGAGCUUGAGGAGCUCCGUCCAUGGGUGGCUGAGACGGUGCAAAACACGCUAGGGUACUCGCAAGAUGCGCUAGUCAUUACAGCGCUCGAUUGCAUUUCAAAGAACCUAAGCAGGCAGUCUACUACGGACCAACUGGCACAUUACCUUGCCAAGGAGGCGCCUAACUUCGUGGCUACUCUAUACAAGAAGGUGUUGGAACUAAAGACGGCCAAGCUCAUGUCAGCAAGCUUCACCAGUGCAAAGAAGCGCACUCUUGAACCUGGAGAAGACGAGGAGUUUGGCAAUGAUGAGAAACCACCAGAUUCUAAAAAGAAGCGAGCGAGUCGCUUUGCUGCCUCAGAAGAUGAAGCCGCACCUCCUGAUAUUCAGCAGCUCCUCGAGAACACGAGGCGACAAAUUGAAGAGAGGAAAAAGCAAACUCAAGCCAUGCUCAUUCAAACAAGAGCUCAGGUUCCCACCAAUGUCCUCCCAGGUGUGGUACCCAGUCUUCUCCCCACUACCCCCCACUACCCUCAGGCCCCCGCUCCGUCCCCGGCAAGUCUUGACCCUGGGGCCAUGGACAAGGCUAAGAGAAUGAGCGAGUUGCAGGCGCGUAUUCAGAGCCAGCUGAUGCAACAGCCCGGCCUGCUCUCAGGGAACAAAGCUUCCUCCGUCAAACCCACACCACUCAUCCUAGAUAAGGAAGGAAGAACAGUGGAUAAUCUAGGCAGAGCUAUACAACUAUCAGUUAGACAGCCGACACUCAAGGCAAACAUCCGUGCUCAGCAGAGGGCCACGUUCCGUCAGAUCACAGAGAAGAAGACGAGUGUGAAAGAAGUGGAGCGUGUGGAGGGGGCGUUUGUUGAUGGACGAGUGAGACAGGGCGUGGCGGGGAGGACCAAGAAACAACUCGCCUUCAAUGAACCAGGAAAGUACGUGAAGCAAGGCCAAGUGUUGAGAGCCAAAGCACAACUAGAAGCCCUUCAAACGCAGAUAGCUUCCGUUGCUAGGAAGACCGGUAUCUCCUCGGCAACCAAAUUGGCGCUGAUUGCCCCCCAAGAUGGUAACGACGGGGGCAUCCCCAACACCGAGUGGUGGGACGCAGUCAUCAUAUCUGGCGAGAGCUACGCCGACGCCACCCUCUCCCAAAUUCCACCCCAGUCACGCUUCAAAGGCAUCACAAGUCUGAUCGAACAUCCAGUGAAAGUACAGCCUCCAGCAGAACCAAACAAAAUGGCCGCCCUCCCGAUUAUCCUGACAUCAAGAGAGAGGAAGAAGCUCCGAAAGCAGCGGAGGAGAGAGGCAGAGAGGGAGAAACAAGAGAAGAUACAGUUCGGUCUUAUUGACAAACCUGAACCAAAGGUCCGUAUUAGCAACCUGAUGAGAGUGUUGGGCAGUGAGGCAGUACAAGAUCCCACUAAAGUGGAGGCACAUGUCCGAGCUCAGAUGGCCGAGAGACAAAGGACGCACGAGGCGGCUAACUUGUCUCGUAAGCUCACGCCCGCGCAAAGAAGUGCUAAGAAAGUGGCAAAGAUGAAGGAAGACUUGUCAUGUGGUGUGCAUGUGACUGUAUACAGGGUUCACGACCUCUCGAAGCCGGCAAUAAAGUUCAAAGUGGAUAUGAACGCACAGCAGUUGCACUUGACUGGUUGUGUCAUGUUAUUCCCCGAUGUCAACCUCGUUAUUGUGGAGGGAGGUCCUAAAGCACUGAAGAAGUUUAAGAGGCUCAUGAUGAACAGGAUAAAGUGGAAGCCCAAGAAAGCGGCAGCAGAUGAUGAUAACGACUCGGACGGUGAAGGUCAUGUGACUAACAUGUGCAGUGUGGUGUGGGAGGGGGUGGUCCACGACAGGGCGUUCAAUGAUUGGAGAGUGCGUAACUUCCCCACCGAGCCUCUCGCACGGGAUCAUCUCAAGCGACAUAAGAUUGAACAUUAUUGGGACCUGGCGCUGAGUCAGCGAAUUGUAGAGCAGGAAGAGGAGGAGUCUUGAUCGCAUGAUCACAUGAUAUAGUCACAUGACAUAUUGGACAUUAUACAUGACUUUUUGUAGAUAUCUAUUAUAAAACAAGAACUUUGCUUAAGAAUAUCUAAUUAUAGGUCAUUAUUUUAAUUUUUGUUGAAUAGUAUGUAUACAUGUACGUACAUGUUGAGGUGAUUAUGCUGUUAAUUGUCAAUUUAUCAAUAAAUUUGUUGAGUAUCUGUCAGAA